GAGCUCGGCUGCUCCUUGCGGUUUUCCCAGAGGGUACCGGCUUAGCAAACACCUCUCGCCUGUCCCUUCACGGGGGGCGGGGCUACGAAGGAGCUACUGCGUGGUGAUUGGUUGCGGCUCGUUAAGAACGUGGCUACGGGGUGUUGGACCGUCCACACCAGGCGGUGACUGGUUGCCGAGAGGCGGGGCGGCUUGACUGCUGGAGAAGUAGCCGGAGCUGUGAGGAGAGCCAUGGGUCAGGCGGCCAAGGUUUUACAGCUCUUUAAAACACUGCACAGGACCAGACAACAAGUUUUUAAAAAUGAUGCUAGGGCACUAGAAGCAGCCAGAAUAAAGAUAAACGAAGAAUUCAAAUGUAAUAAAAGUGAAACUUCUCCUAAGAAAAUAGAAGAGCUAAUAAAAAUAGGUUCUGAUGUUGAAUUGAUACUCAGAACAUCUGUUAUACAAGGUAUUCACACAGACCACAAUACGCUGAAAUUGGUCCCUAGGAAAGACCUUCUUAUAGAAAAUGUGCCAUAUUGUGAUGCACCAACUCAGAAGCAAUGAAUUUUUCUAGAAUAAAAUUAAGUCUGUAUCAUUUUUAAUUUUAAAAUAUAUAACUCUGGCUAAA